GAUACGUUUGUAUACAAAACUGUACGUUUCUUUUGUUGACAUUAACGUUGUGGUUAGGCUAGGCCUAGCUAGGAUAAAACUAUGGAGUUCCCUGUUUAUGUUGUUCUUCCAGCUGCAGGAAGCGGAGAGAGGAUGGGUAUAAACCAGCCAAAACAAUUUUGUCACAUAUUGGGUCUUCCACUCAUUAUUUAUACCAUUGAAUGUUUCGAACGGUUACCAUGGAUAACCAGAAUUUUUGUUGUAAUUUCAUUGGAAAAAAUGAACUACAUGCAAAGAAUUUUAAAUGAAAGUGACUUCCAGAAGGUAGAACUUGUAGAGGGUGAUUCAACCAGACAUCGAUCGAUUAGAAAUGGAGUUAACGCAAUAUGUAAUCCUGAUGAUAAUGAACAAGCAGAUAUGGAGAAAGGUGUUGUGAUUAUACAUGAUGCAGUGCGACCAUUUGUUGAUGAGGAUACUUUAAGGAAACUUACUUUGGCUGCAUCAGAGUUUGGGGCCUCUGGUGCCAUACGUCCCUUGGUUUCAACAACAGUUGCAGCUGACGAAGAUGGCUUUCUAGACCAUACGUUAGUUCGGUCAAAAUACCGAGCCAGCCACACUCCUCAAGCGUUCUCCUAUCCCAUCAUAAAAACAGCAUAUGAAAAGAUUUCUGAGGAUAAUUUGGACUUUGGGACAGAGUGUUUGCAUCUUGCUCAGGAAUAUUGCCAAGUAAAGGCAAAGUUAAUUGAAGCGCCAGACGAUGUUUGGAAGGUAACAUAUAGGAGAGAUUUAUAUGCAGCUGAGGCACUUUUAAAAGAGAAGCGUGUUUUUCCAUGCCUUGUGGGAUUUGAUGAUAAUCGAUUAGUGAAGAGUAUUCAAUCCCAUUUAGCCGAGAAAUCACUUCGCUGUUCAAGUGUCCAUUGGUUGACCAGUACUCCUAAGCAUAUCAACUCCAUUGCUAUCAUGGUUGAGGGUGAGGAGAAUGUGCAAGAUCAAGCUAAUGAGGCACUGAACUGGUUGGAAGAGCACGCCACCGAUGGCGGGUGCCUCAUCAUGAUUCUGCUUAUGAAAUGCCCACCAAAUAUGGAGAAACUUCAUCAAAUAGCUCACACUCUGAGCAACCAAUCAAAAGGAAGUGCAAUAAACGUCAGCAUUUUGGUGCUUGAAGAGAAAACAUACUACAUGGGUGCUGUUGAACGCAUUGGUUCUUUAGUUACUACACUGAUGUUUGAUCGACUUUCUGCUUUUAGUGGCCAGCUGUUUGUUGUCUGAUACUGAAAUUAUACCCUCUACCAACACCCUCCGUCCCCCACCAAACCUACCUUGUUUGCUUGCCAGCAGUGGUAUAGUAUUUUAUUAGAUGAUUUGUAUGAAAGCAAUAACUUUAACUGUUUCACUUGCCAUUUUAAUAUUGAACAUUUUUGUAUGUAUUCAAAUGGGGCCAAGUAUUGCCAAUAGCCUAUUAUAUUUACUAUUUGUAAGUGAUAUACUGUGUCAUUAAAUCCUAACACAUUGUGUAAACGUUAACUGACGCGAUUCCAGGAGACUUUUGCAUUGCAUGAUAGAUCAUUUUUAACGGUAACCUGCUUAGACUGCCGUCAAAAAUCUAUGAACUAGCAUUCCAUCAGGGAAGAACUUACAUACAGCACCGAUGAACUUGUUGGCUGACUGUCGUACAAUGCAGUGUCCACCGGGUAGUGUCAACAACAUGGGCCCAUGCUCAACAUGGUUGUGGCUGAGAGGUGAGAUGCCUAGAAUGACAUCCUUAAGCUAGAUUUACACUGGACACAACAAUGAUAUAUAUCGCGUAGUUUGUAUUCUUCAACACUGCGCGCAUUUGUAUCGUGUAGUUGUCGUAAUCGUGUCUAGCGUAAAUGUAGCUUUAGACUGUGAAAAUGAACUCAGUAUUCUGACGAAAUAAUUGGUUCUUUCCCUAAUGGGGGUCCAGUGUUUCUCCCAACCCUGUGGCUGACUCUGUGCACUACUCUUUAAUGAAUCAAUAUAAAAUUUUAAAAUAUAAUUUUAGUGCGUCUGGUAUUAUAGAUCAGCGUCCCUCCAAGAUAUGUGGGUGUCCCAAUUUGGGAAUGAAUCCCAUGGUUGCCCAUAGUUUAUGGAACGUCAAAGAACAGUAAUUUGAACAAUCACGCUCCCUUUCUUGCCUUGUAUUCUCAUAUUAUCAGUGGGGCAUUCUUUUAAUACAGUAAGAAUUUUACAGUAUGUUUGCACUAUAUGUUACACCACUUACAGUAUUGUUACAAGACCACAAGUUUUGAGGUCGCAAAUUUUGUAAACUUCAGUAUGAUUUAAACCCAGACAAUCUAUGCAGGUGCUUUUGUACAAUUUAAAUGUUAAACAGUAAUAACAAGGGUUUUACUUUUUGUAAUUUUAUAUAUUGUUCUAUUAGAUUAGAAAUUUUAUAUAGUAUGCAUAUAUGUAAUAAAGAUCUCAGGUUUAUUGUUAUCAAUUUAUGUAAUUUAAGAGCAUGCUUAUUGUUUAAUGAUAUUAAGAUAUUUUCAAAGUGAUCAUAGUAAUUAUUUUUGCUAUUUAGUUUGAUGUUAACACAGUUUCAGUAUGUUAUUUCACUCAUUUAUUUGUAUUAGGUUUCAUCAAGGCUGUUAUAUGAUGGCAACUGAUAAUGCUUGUUUUUAUUAUUAUUAACAAUGUGUAAUUGUUAUGCUGAUGGUAACUGAAUUUGGUAUUUUCUUUAUUAAAAUUAUUUGCAUGGCUAUGGCAAUCAAAAUUAA